AUGCCCCGCAAGAGCUGGGCGUGUGGUUGCUCGGUCCGUUCGUGCUCCUUCUUCGUAGAGCCUGAGGCAGAUUUCGACAGCCGCGCUAGGUCGCCUCCGAACACGGGGGUGAACGCCAUACCGCUCGGACGUCGACAUGACUCCGAGGAGGAGACCGAGGCCAGGGUCUGGAUCCUCCACAGCGAUGCUGCCAAAGUCAUCGGCAGAGGAGGGCGAGCCCUUCGGGAGAUCGAGAACAGGACUCGCACCAGAAUCAAAGUGUCCAGAGAAGAGGACAUGAAUCCGGAUACCAAGGAGCGGUCCGUUGACAUUCUUGGAUCUCGGCAUGGCCAGGACACGGCUGUGGACUACAUCCUGGACGUGGUGCUGUACUGCCGCCAAGACGGUGGCCGAGUUCUGAAGGACUCGCGAACGGCGCCCCUCCGCGAAGACGAGGGCACGAAGGGGAGCCAUCGCAUCCUGACGGUGCUGGCCGAGGAAGUUGGCAAAGUGCUCGGCAGGAAAGGCGAGACGGUCCGAAUCAUCGAGAAGGAGUCGGGGGCCAAAGUAGAGCUGGACAAGGCCCAAGGGAAGGUGGAGAUCUUCGGCAGCGCUGAGGAGCAGGAGAAGGCCGUGGAGCUCCUCUUGGCCGAAGUCCACUGGGCCCAGUCCGAGGAUGGCACGGUCCUGAAGGAUGAGCCCCGGCCAAAGCAGCGGAGCGGGGACGAACCGGAGCUCCCAGCUCCCGUCCAGCUGUGGGUGAAAGAUCGAGAAGCGGGAAGAGUCAUUGGACGCGGUGGCGAAACCGUGCGGGAGGUCAUGGAGAAGUCGGGCGCGGACAUCAAGGUCCAAAAGUCGGACGAGAUGGCGGCCGGAAGCAAAGAGAGGCUCAUCAAGAUCAUCGGCACCAAGGAUCAGCAGGAUGAGGCAGUGAGGCUGAUCCUGAAUGAAGUCUCUUGGGCGAAAGGCGGGGAGGGCGGCACCCUCCUGAAGGGUGUCGAGGCGGAGGCGAAGGCCAACUUGGACGCCGACACCAAGGCCGAAGGGGAGCAGGAGAAGGAGGAGAAAGAGAAAGAGAAGGAGGAGCUUAAGGAGAAGGAGAAGGUGGUCCCUGCCGUCAAGGUAAAGCCCCGUCGCUUCCGGGAGACGGCCAGAGAGCUGAACAGGCCGAAGAGCGGCCCUGCGAGAUGGGUGUGUGCAACGUGCGGUGGCGAUCACCGCACCAAGGAGUGCCCCCAUGCCACAGGAAUCCUUGGCGUGGGUGUGCAGCUCGGGAUGCAGAUGGGUUUGCAGGCCAUGGGGCUCCCGACCGGGCCAUCAUCUGGCGGGAUGGGCCCAGCCGGCUUCGGGAUGCCGCCGCAUCUGCCGCAUCCGCAUCCGGGGAUGCCCCACCCCAUGGGCAUGAUGGGUCCCCCAAUGGGUCCCCCAAUGGGCCCCCCGAUGGGCCCAGGGAUGCCGAUGGGAGGUCCGCCCGGCCUCCCUGGCAUGCCCGGCAUGCCGCUGCUACCAGGCAUGCGGCCACCGGGCUUCCGAGACCGGAGCGAGAGCUCCAGCCGACGUGCUUCUUCGUCCAGCUCUGAUGGGUCAGACAGCGAGAACGAGGAGGAGGAGGCGGCCGUUCGGGCAGGUUCUCCGGUGACCCGGGUUGCGCCAGCGCCGGAGCGGCCUCGGCGACGGGUGCGGAAGCGUAAGGCCCUGGCCGGUGCGGGGAACCUCCGCGGCGGAGGCGCGCACCCGCCAGCCUUGCCUGCGGCUCCGGCAGAAGGCCCUCCGAGCUUGAACGGCGGGCCGCCGCUGGAGCACCGGCGCCGGCGCCGAAGAAAGCGGCUGGAAGGCGAGCCGGACCUGCCAGCUCCGGAGCAGGAAGCUCCCGUCCGACGACGUCGAGUCGAGGGGCGCUCAGGAGAAGAGGUCCAACUGUAUCCUUCGGGAAAGAAAAAGAUCGUGAUGUCCGACCUGUGA